AUGAUACUACAGUCUGAAUCUUCGGCUGCACUCCUUUCAGACAUGAUGGUACUGCCAGUGGGUCCAGACCAUAUUGGCCACAAACCUCCCAAGCCUCCUCACACCCUCCCUCACACCCUCCCUCACACCCUUGCUCACACAUUUAUGAACUUGUGUGUCUCGGUCACUAUCCAAAUAGUUUUUAAUGUCUUUAUUUCACAUAUAGACAUGACACAAAACAACCCCGAUAACCCAUCGUCUCCUCACUCGAGCUACAUGGGCCUCCCAGAUACCUUCGAUUAUAUGGCUGAACAAUUUGGUGGUGGUCGUCAAUGUGCAACACCACCUGCUGAGCUGACUCCCUCACGACUCAGGAGUAAGCUCAAGGCCACAGCACGGGAUGUUGGCCUUGUCAAAAGCACAACUAUCCGCCGCCAGGCCUAUCAACACACCACCACUGUGGGUGAUCAAGAUCCCGUAUCUAUGCACUCCGAUGCACCAGAUUUCACCCAUGUGGUGCCAGACAAUAAUUCAGCAAAUGCAAUGUCAUCUCUAACAGUCCCCAUAGAUCCAGGAUGUUUUUUUGGUUCUAUGAGCCAGCAAGCUGUAUGGAUGGAUCCCAACUCCUCUGACACCUUUAGCAUGGCGGGGGCUGAGUCUUUUUUACCCGGUGGAUCCCAACAUCACCUCAUUGCACAGGACAUGAACCGUCUAGCACCACCAUCAAGUUUUAAUUUUCCUGCGAGUUCAUCAGGUCAAGCAACAACCUCUCGUACAAGUUCCCUGGAGCCUCAUGGCCAAACUCCUUCGGGAUUUAUGCAGGAAUUCUCUGGUGAAGUCACACCAUUCAUCCUUCAGCCUGUUCUAUCAUCAUCAUCUCAAGAUCAUGCACCUCCCGUCCCAGCCACGAACAUUAUUCCGCCAAUGCCAUUCCAGACUAAGGCCGCCUCCUCAAUGAAUACCAUGGGUGCAGGUACUGCUUUUCAUGAACACUUUCCUGAAGAGCAUGAGCCGGUGACCCGUCAAGAGGGACAUACAAUUACUGGAUGGAGGUCUGCAGAGUUGAAUACAGUGUUAGAUGUUGGGUUUACUGCAGUCGAGCGCUGCUUUCUGGAUCUCUCCACGUCUACUACACUUCCCAUUUCCCAAUUGAUCAACUUGUUCUUGAAGAGUCGUGGACGCACCGUGAAUGGUACCAAUUAUUGGAACUUGUAUGCUAACUACUUCAAAGAGCACAUGCAGACAGAACUUGUGCGCAUUGGCAGAGAGGCCCCAGCUGGAGGUGGCACACCCAGUGCAACCAUGCGCACUCAGUGUUAUGACAAAUUCAAAGAGGUCUAUCCCGAUUCUUACCAAGACCUCCUGUUAAUGCACGAGGAGGCAUCACUCCUUGGAUCAUCUACUCAAACGAUAGCUCAGCGUGGACAGGGAUUCCAAAAACACUAUCAAAGACUCGAGUCUGCCUCUGCUAAAUCUGGCUUUGAAGCAGCCAUCGUCCUAUGUGGCAAAGUAGUCAAUGAAGAUGGGUCACUUGGCCAUUCAUAUAACACGCCAGGUGCUGCAGGGUUCUGGAAAACACGAUGCCGUGCGAGCAAUGAUGCCAUCAUUGGGCAUCUUAAAGCACACGUAUAUAAUACCACAUCCUUGGCCAAAGUGGAUGAAGCAUUCCAUGACGAUACUCACAGUGACCCAUUGACCCCCCACUCACCUCCAAACAGUCGUGAUCAGUCUCAAGCUCCUGAGGGAUGGGAUGAUGGUUUGAAGUGGGUUAAGCUUGAGCUUAUAAAACAAGUUGCCCAGCUUGGGGGCAAGUGUGCCUGGGAUAAAAACUUUCCUUGGAAGGGCAUGUCCAGCGCGCUUGCUGAUGCCAAUCUCUGCAUCAAGGGAUAUCCAGCUGAUAGGUGUCUCUUGCCUGGUGAAGCCCACAAUGAGAACUCAAAGAAUAAGGGCAUUGGAGUGCUGACGCAGAAGGAAAUUGCGGUGCUCAUGGAGGCAUUGAAGUCAGGAACCAUGCAAGUUGUCAAACAUCCGUUAUGGCAUCUGAGAGCGCCUCCAUCUGACUGGUCACAUGCUGGUGCUAGACGACUGUUUGUUAAUGGCGACACGGACUACCAUGGCCCAGCUCGUAUCAAGCCCAGCAAUGCGGCUACCAAAGUUAAGAAGGCCGAUAAAGUGACAAAGGCCCCUCCACCACCUGAUGCCAAUGACGAUGACGAUUCAGAUGAUCAUCAUCUAAUGGUACCUACUGCUCGCAAGUUCAGAAAACCCACCAUGCGAUUAGAAAUUGCGGCACCACCAACAUCGCGUCCAUUUAAAGUCGUUACACUGCCACCCUCACACCCACUCAAAGUCACUCCAAAGCCAGGACCGACUGCCACAGCACAGAGUGAGGUGAUUGAACUCACUUCGGCUGGAGAGAAUGCCGCCACAGAGUCUGACUCUGAGUAUGAAGAAGCACACAGGAAGAAGAGGAAACUGAAGUCUGGUGGCCCUCUGUCCCCAUUGCUAGUGGGGUCAUUGAGUGUGGCAGCAUCGCCAGAGCCUGAGACUGUGGCUACAGCACCAGCAUUCCUCCAGGAUGGUCCCUCUAACGUGCGCACAAAGGUAAAAGCACGCCCAAUCACAAAGGAAUUCAAGGGUAAAAUGAAACAGGCUCUUCGCAUGGUGUACAGGUGCUUAGAUGGAUCUGAAGUUGAUGAGGGUGAGAAGACAGAUGCGGUUGUGAAGAGUGCUGUCUCUGCUGAUUUAGAUAAUGUCCCCAAGGAAACACUACAGAAGGACUUGCCUUCAGAGCUGCUAUUCGACCCUAAAGGGUUUCUGGACCAGGCUCAAGGCUCAGAGGAGAGGAAAUAUCAUGAAAACUUGCUGAGUACUCUGACUCCUACUGGUAACUGGUGA